GCAGACUUACAUUAAGUGACAGCAGCAGUAAUGUUUCCGGUGUUAUUUUUCCUGUUCUGCGCAUGCGCGGUUGGUCUGGAAGCGGCCCUCUUUACUCCGCGCUACAAUAUCGAGGAUGCUGAGCAACACUUCGAGAACUUCAUCCGGGAGCACAACCGAGAGUACGCCCACGAACACGAGAAGCACUCCCGGUUCCAAAUAUUCAAGGAGAAUUUAGAAAAAAUCUUGCAAUUGAACGAAAAACACAAAACGUCCGCUUUCGGUAUAACUCAAUUUAUGGAUCUGACAGUGGAAGAGUUCCGUAGCAUGUACAUGGGGUUGAAUGUUGCAGACUAUAAGUCUGACUGUCCGUACAAAACUGAUGCAGAUAUCCCUGACUCUGAUGCUCCGGAGAGUUUUGAUUGGCGAGACCACAAUGGGGUUACACCGGUUAAGAAUCAGCUUACAUGUGGAAGUUGUUACGCUUUUAGUUCGAUCGGAAACAUUGAGAGCCAGUACCUAAUUAAAAACAAACAAGCCCUGGAUUUAUCUGAACAGCAGGUUGUUGAUUGCGAUAGAAGAAAUGGUGGAUGUUCUGGUGGUAUGAUGUCAAGCGUCUUUAGGUCCAUCAUUGAAGCUGGGGGGAUUGCAUCUGAAGGUGAUUACCCUUACAUAGGUGGAGAAGGCAACUGCGCAUUCGAUGCAAGCAAGGUGGCAGUGAAAUUAGCCGGCUGUCACUCCUACAACCUGACAUCACAGGAGAAAGUGAAGCAACUUCUGCAUCAAUACGGACCUAUCUCCAUCGCAAUCAAAGCUGAUUCAUUAAUGUUAGUUGACGAGAACAACGUUAUACCGGAUUCAGUAUGUGACCAAGGAUCAGUCAAUCACGCUGUGCUCUUGGUGGGAUAUGGAACCGAGGGUGAGCCACACUGGAUUGUGAAGAAUUCUUGGGGUACCAAAAAGACGGACGAUGGUUACUUCAAAAUGCAACGUGGUGAAAACGCGCAGUCCUGUGGCAUGAUGAACGAUAUCAUGGCCGGAUCAGUUCUCUCAAGAAAAUAUUCGAAAUAUUCAGAACAAACUAUUAUAAAUACUGUGAGGUGUGAAAACAUUUCAUUCAAGUUGCUAUUGAAGAUGUCGUCGUUAUUGUGCCUUGUGGUCUGCGCAUGCGCUCUGGGGUCCGUGGUGGCUUUCGAGCCGUUAAGACACAAGCACGCUCAUAUUCAUUUCGAGCGAUUCAUUAUAGAACAUGGCCGUCAGUACGCCCACGAAGAAGAAAAACAAAUGCGGUUCGAAAUAUUCAAGGCUAAUCUGGAAAAAGUUAAUCGUUUGAACGAAAACAGCGACACUGCUGUAUACGGAAUAACACAAUUCAUGGAUCUGACUCCCGAAGAAUUUAUUGAGAAACAUACAGGGUUCAAAGGUGAUGGUGCAGUCGCAAAUGAUAAAUGCAGUUAUGUUACUGAUAAGGACAUCCCUGAUGGCGAUGCGCCGGAGUCGUUUGACUGGCGAGAACAUAACGCCGUCACUCCAAUUAAGAACCAAAAAUCCUGUGGUGGAUGUUAUGCUUUUGCCGUCGUUGGUAACGUUGAAUCCCAGUAUGCCAUAAAGCACAAACAAGAGCUGUCGCUAUCAGAGCAACAGAUUAUAGACUGUGAUACAAUAUCUAACGGCUGUGACGGUGGACUCAUGACCGAUGCUAUACAGUCACUCAUUGGACAAGGAGGUUCAGAAAGUAGUCAGGAUUAUCCGUUCGUAGCUCAACAAAACAAGUGCCAGUUCGAUGCCAGCAAAAUUCAGGUUAAGGUGACAGAGUGUCAUGCAUACAACCUAACUUCACAAGAAAAAUUGAAACAACUGCUGUACCAUAACGGACCGAUCGUAAUUGGCGUGCAUGGCAACCCUUUGCAGACUUACCAUGGAGGAAUUAUGAAGGAUCAGGAGUGCGCUUGGGGUCAAUUGAAUCAUGCCGUCCUACUGGUGGGUUAUGGAGAAGAGCACAACGUUCCGUUUUGGGUCGUAAAGAAUUCUUGGGGCACAAAGUAUGGUGAACAGGGAUACUUCCGCGUCGAGAGGGGAGAAGGUCUGGUUUCCUGUGGCAUGCUCAAUAACAAUAUGUGUUCCGCAGUCAUUGCGUAAUGUCUUUCAACAUGAAUGGGAUUCUAUGAGAAACGUUUAUAAUAUGUCACUAUGAAGGCACAUUAUAUUCUCAAUAUCACUUUGGCUUGUAUUUCAUACUGUCUUUUAUACCUAUAUAUUAUGUUCGGCUAUACCUUGGUUUAUUUUCUCUUUGUGUUUAUUAUUAUCGAAUUUAUAGUUCUAAAUUGUUUUA